AUGGAGAGGGAUGGAAAGAUGGUGUCGGAUCUCAGCGAGAUGUUAUACGUGAACACCUUGCAGAUCAUGGAUUGCGUCACGGACCUACUGAGGCAAGACGCGGACAGGAAGGUGGCAGGUAUGCUUGAACCCAAAGCACAAGAGUCUCUCAGUUAUAAUCAUGCAAGGCAAGAUAACAGGCCUUUGCAGGAGAGCCCCUAUUUGACUGGUCCGACAUUUGCGGAGAGCUGGAGGAGGCGGUCAGCGGAGGAAGCGGUGCCGAAGCAGGAAGGCCCAGGUACGGAUGUUAACCUUCAGUUAGUUAAUUACCUGCGGGCAAUGACGUGCGCUGACCCAGGGAUCUUUAGAGGGGCUAAGAAUGAAAGUUUCACACAGUUCGUGAGAAAAUUCAAGAGAAAGUAUCAGGGAGUGAUCACGUGUGAGGCCACCUUAGUUGACAUUCUGGCAGACGAUCACUUAGCAGGGAGAGCUAAGAAUGUGUUUCUGUCCCUACCAGGUAGAGUCAAAGAACAGGGUCUUGACGCUGUUGUAGCGGAAAUGACAAAAUUGUUGGCCUGUGACUCAACCGCAUCUAGACUGAGAGCCCUGACGGAGCUGAAACACUUGAGAAUGCGACCUAAUCAGGAUGUCGCCGAAUUUUGUGUGGUAUUGGAAGACCUGAGUAGGCAGGCGAAUCCUCAAGGCGCAUUGGAAGAACGGUCUUUGGAGUUAGCACAGAUCCUCCUAGAUAAUUUGAGUAGUUGGCCCGAGCAUUUCCAACUAGUUGGUGCUCUCCAUAAUGUGGAGCCAAGUAGGGCAUACGAGGAGGUUAAGAGACUGGCUCUCAGUAUAGAGCAGUCUAAGCUGAUCCUGGCGAAGCGUAAAGAAUACUCUUUGCCUUCAUGGAAGACAAGAGCCUUGCAAUAUAAUUGCAGCAGGGAGGCAAGAUUCGAUGAUAAGGAAGCCCAUUACAGAGGGAGCGUACGUGAGACAAGUGGGGCAAGUGGGUCUCCAAAAAGUGGGCCACAGCAGUCUAAUAGCAGACCUUCUACGGGAAGUAGAAAAUGCUACGCUUGCUCUAAGUAU